AAAGGUCUAGACCCUUCCUCUCAAAUCUCCAAUCAAACCCCUAAACACAAAUCAAAUCACUCCAUCCUUCUUUCUAGACCUUUCCAAUCCUUCUUUCUUAAACCAAACCCUUGUCUUCACUCCGUCGACAAAACCACAUCCAAAACCGAACACCAAUUCUCACCGUACGAUGGCGAAAUACGGCGAAGGCGAUAAACGAUGGAUCGUUGAAGAACGCCCCGACGGGACAAACGUCCACAACUGGCACUGGUCCGAAACAAACUGUCUAGAAUGGUCUAGAAACUUCUUCACCAACCUUCUCUCCAAUCUCACAAUCCUCAACGGCGAAGGUAACCUCUUCAUCAAAACUACCACUCUACGUAGCCUCACCGGUGAAGCCUACAUCAACAUCCGUAAGGGGAAGAUCAUCCCUGGGUAUGAAGUCAAUCUCACUGUUUCCUGGGAAGGUGAAGCGAAGGAUAAUGAAGGGAAUUCUUUGUUGAAGGUUAAUGGUUCUGUUGAGAUUCCGUAUAUUUCUGAUGAGAAUGCUGAUGAGGAUCCUGAUGUUAGGGUUAUAGUUGAAGAUGAAAGUCCAAUUGGGAGGAGGAUUAAGGAUGCGAUGUUUCAGAAAGGGAAGGGGGUGAUUUUGGAGAAGGUUAGGGUUUGGGUUGAGAGUAUGUCGAGAGGUGGUCCUGUUAAGGAGGAUUUGGAGGUUAAGAAGCCGGCGGCGCAGGCGGUGAAGCAGAAUAAUGUUAAUGUUCCGGCGACGGUGACAGCAACAGCUGCGACAAAUGCUUCUGUUAAGAAAGAAGAGAAGAAGAAGGAGAUUAAGAAGGGAAGGAAGAAUAUUGUGAUGACGGAGAAGUUUAAUUGUAGGGCGAAGGAUUUGUUUGAGAUAUUGAUGGAUGAGAAUAGGUGGAAGGGUUUUACGCAGAGUAAUGCGAGGAUUAGUAAAGAGGUUGGUGGUGAGUUUAGUAUUUUUGAUGGUUCUGUUACUGGGAGUAAUGUGGAGUUGCAAGAAGGGAAGUUGAUUGUGCAGAGGUGGAGAUUCGGGAGCUGGAUUGAUGGUGCUCAAUCUCAGGUGAGACUUGUUUUCGAGGAGCCUGAACCAGGAGUUACUGUUGUAAACCUGACACAUACCGAUGUACCUGAGGAAGAUAGGUAUGGGAAUGCUACUGUGGUGGAGAACACUGAAAGGGGAUGGAGGGAACUUAUUUUCCAAAGGAUACGUGCUGUUUUUGGCUUUGGAAUCUGAUUGUUUUUUCAUGUAGUGUGUCUUGCUGAUUUGCAGAUUUUGAUUUUUAUAAGGAAAGAUUAAUGGAUUCACAUUGGAUGCUGAAAAUUGCAAUGGUUACUGUUACAUUAUCUUUAUUACUGUAGGCAUCUUUGACUGUGCAAUAUAACAUGUUUCUUACUUUGUCUA